CAAUCUAAAACAAUGAAAAUUUCAUUUUCUUUAUCCAAACAUUUUCUUUUCCCUAUUUUGGUUAUGCCAUUCCUCAUGAUACAUAGUGUUUCAUCAUUGAACCUUACCAAUGAGUAUCUGAAUCACAAAUGCCUCCUUGAUCAGGGGAAAUAUAACUCUGGAAGUGAGUACGAGGAUAACCUCAACCGUCUCUUUCGUAAAGUUAGUAGUGAUGCUUAUGCUGUGAUCGGUUUCACACACACAAGUAUUGGAACAUCGACUCCCAAUUUUCUUACCAUCACUCUCCAGUGUCGUGGUGACUCUAUUGGGUCUAAAUGCCAUACAUGCGCUGACACUGCAAUCUUGGAGUUUCAUAAGAGAUGUCCGAAGAACAAAGGAGGAAUAAUAUGGUACGACCAAUGUUUUCUCUACGUUACUACAAUCAAAGAAGAAGUUCCAAUCAAAACUAAUUACGAGAAUAUUUUUUCUAUGUACAACUCAAAUAACGUGAGAGGGGAUGGACAUUUUUUUGCCAAGAGGGUGAUGGAUUUUUUAUCUGAGCUCACACUUAAAGUCGAGAAAACAAUCAAGGGCGUUCACAUCAUACUAUACGCGGAAGGGGAAAAGAAGCUUGGAAAAAAUAAAUUGUAUGCAAUGGUGCAGUGUAUACAACUAACAUUAGAUUGUAAGAGUUGUUUGGAAUGGAGUAUCAAAAAGCUCUUCAAAAACAGUGACAUUAAACAAGGAGCAAGAGUUUUGGGUACCAAUUGUGGUGUAAGAUAUGAGCUAUACCCUUUUCUUAGGAGUUAAGCAGUUUCACUGGUGUGAAUACAUCCUUUUCAUAAUUUCUAAUUAUCAGUAUUGUUUACUAUUUUGUUUAGCUGAAAUGCUAUAUUCAUAUAUCAAUAAAAAUAGUGUUUACAAAAACAUAUCCUAAGAAAUUGUUUAAGAGAUCAAAAUUGUUUUUUUUAACAAUGAUUUCUAUUGGCUUGGAAUUGUUGAGGCUAUUACCUAGUAGACCUGUGUGAAUACUUUCAUCAGUAUAACUAGGACGAAGAAGACUAAGUUUGGGUAUGCGACCAAAAUAGGA